UAUGCUGCUUCAUUAUGCCAUUCGUAUAGUUGAAAAGAAUUAAUCAAUCAAUGAUUCUAGUACUAUGACUAAUCUUGAUUUUCGACUAAUAAAUCCAAACACUGGUAAAAAAUAUGACUAUCCUGUAUGUAAUUUUCUUAAAAUAGGUUUUUGGAAAAAAUUGCAAUCAUUUUGGAGAAAAAUUCAUCAAUCUCUAAGAUGUUGUAAAUGGAUUCAAUUCUCAGAAUAGAUCUUAUGAAUGUCCUCAUUGUCAAAUAGUUUAUGAAGAGGUUUCAGAUUUUGUACCACAUGAUCUCUAUAUAAGAAUUAAGAAUGACUUCCAUCCUCUUACAGAUAAAAUUUCUGUUUUACAUGGAAUUUUAUUAAGUCACAUUAAAAGAAAUAAAAAAAGAUUUGGUGACCCUUUAAUUUCUAAUAAAAUUUAACAAUAAAUAAAAUUUUUAUUAACAGAGAAUAACGAAGAUCAAUUUUAAAAAGCUUAAUAAUUUUCUUAUCUAGCCUCAUUUGAUUAAAGACUCAAAUCAAAUAAUUAAUUUUAAUUCUAGUCUUUAUGUUUACUUGAUAAUGUAAAUAUAAACAUUCCAGUAAGACAUAAGGAUUGCAAACAUGUUGAAGCUUAUGAAUUAACUAGUUUGAUUUGUUAUCAGAUUGAAAACUAUAGGGAUUUAAAAAACAAAUAAUUACAAGAAAGAGAGUCAAAUUAAUAUCUAAAAUGUAUUAAAAAAGGCUGUUCAUCUAUUUUUCCCUUAAUUUCUGAUUAGAAGCUCCUAGAUUGUCUUGUAGUUGAUUUUGAAUUUUUAAAAACUAUAAAAAGGUCUUAUCCUGGAAAUCAGCUCUUUGUAGUGAGUAAGAUAUAUAAUGAUGUAAUUUCUUUAUCAGAUUUUAUUUCAAAUAGUAUUAGUAAUAAAGACCAAUUCAUUAGUACAUAUUGGAAUAAAAAUAAAAACGAAUUAGAUCAAUUAUUUAAAUCUUCUUUCUCAGAAUUUUAAAGAAUAGUAUUAGAGAAGAUGGCAACAGUAAUCAAUUUAGAAUUGCAUAAGAAUGUUAAGGAAAAAAUUAAUUAAUAUAAAAAUUCUAAUUGCUAGAUGAAACUAAAGGAUUAAUCUGGUUAGAUGGUUGAAUUUCCAGCUCGUUGUGUUAACUGUCCAAUACCAAAAGAAAAUGAGUCUUAAUAUAGCGAAACAAAAAUUCCAUUAUUAAAUUGGGACAUUCGAACUUUUGUAGCAUUUAUUGUUCAUAAAUAAAAAUAAGCAGAACAUAAGAAAUAAAAUUCUGAAAAAUUACAAUGCCCUUUAUGUUAAACUGAAUUUAAAAAGAAUUUAGUUCAAAUUUAAUUUAACAAUGAAUUAAUUUUUUAUGAUGCUUAGUUAUAUUCGAAAAUGCAGAUUAACAUAGAAAAAAUUAGAAAUGAGCCAAAUAAUUUGUUCUCAUAUUAGGGAAAAGAAUACUUACUCGACAAUUUCAAGAAUUUAUGGAGAUAUACCUGUGAAGAUUUUUUAAGGUAAUGAUUAAUAUUGAUAUAGUGAUGAAAAAAAUAGUGAAAUUUAUAAGAUAUACUAUGAAUCGAUUAAAUGUUCAAAUUUUGAAGAUAUUCGGAUUAAAGAUCCUUUAAUAAAUUUUAAAUGCAAAAAAUAAAUUAGGUUUAAUUUUGAUUAUUUCUACGAAAAAUUUAAACAAAAUUAAUUUUAAUUUAAGAAUGGAAUAAAAUUAUGCAAAUGCCAAGAAACAGAUUGUGGAUUGGUGACUGAAAUAGAAGAAUAAUUAUAUUAUGAUCAUGUUUGGGUAGAGGCUUUUGCAUAAAAACCACUUCAUUGUAACUGUGAAUACGGAUUUUCAUAUGAUGUAUUGAAUAAAGAAUUCAAAGAAUUAAAAAAAGGAGAGUUUUUAUUUUAGAAACUGAUUCCUCCAGUUGUGAGACACUUCAAGGAAGAUGAAACAUUAGAGAGAGGAACAUCAUUCAAAAUUUAGUAAUCAGCAUAAAUGCAAAAAAUGAGACAAUAGUCACUGAUGGAAUAAUAAUGAAC